AUGUUCGACAUACUCAGCUUACCCCAAGACUUGCAGGAGCGCGUUGUUCAAACAUUGUGCGUAGAUGACCACCAGCAAUUAGCCUUGAGCUGUAAGACACUAAAGGCAAUUUCUGAUAGCGUUUUGGUUGAGUCGGCAGUAAUUUUUAACACAAUUCUACGCCUGCCUGUAGAACAACGGUUUGAUGCGAUUUCAGUCGACGAUUACUUGGAAAUGAUUACCAAAGUCAAACUACAUCGCCAGCACCCUCUCGUUUCAUACGUUGAGAGGCUUAAUUCUCGACGUGGAGUAGGGGGGGUUUGGAUUUUUUUAACAAAAUUCAAUAGUCGUGAGGUUCGCAUCCAAUUUAUGCAAAUCAUAUGUGCGUUGGGAUACAAAGAUAUCUUGAAACGGAUGAUACGGACGAACUAUCUGCCGUCCACGUCCUCGUUCGAUGUUGCACUAUUACUAGCAUGUAGGUACGGUCAUAUUUCAGUUGUCCAGACUCUUUUGAACGAGUGCGAGGUUGACCCAGCCAUGCAAUGCAACCUUCCCAUUCGAUACGCUAGUUUAAAGGGGAGCUUAGACGUUGUUGCUGUGUUGCUGGCGGACAAACGAGUCAAUCCUGCUGAUGACAAUAACAACGCCAUACGAUGGUCGUGCGAGAAAGGGCAUACAAACGUUGUCAAGAUGCUUCUGGAAGACCAACGUGUUGACCCAGCAGCAGCGGAUGACGAUGCUGUGCGUAUGAGCGCUGAACACGGGCGGAGUGACAUAGUAGAAAUUCUCAGUAAGGAUUCACGCGUUAAACCGGCGAGCCUGCAAAACUACGCCAUCCGCAUGGCAUGUGCCAAUGGACACGUAAACGUGGUUGAGUUUCUACUGAGGCUCAGCAAAGAACCAAUUGAGGGGAGGGCCUUGGCCAUUGCACUUAAAGAGGGGGAGACAGAACUUGUUGAGCUACUUUUGGCGCAUGCAGAUAUUGACCCGUCUGACCGCAACAAUAGUGCGCUGAGAUUGGCUGCAAAAAGUGGUCACCACGAUGUUGUGCACUUGCUGCUCACUGACCGAAGGGUGCGAGCGAUCGCUGGUGGAGAGUUGUAGUAG